AUGUUGUGCCGAUCCUGGUGUAGUGCGUGCCUGGAUUGCCUAAAGGGCAUUCAAGUCCAAAAACGAGGCCUAAGGACACGCAUACUGCCAAGCAGAUCCGGACAGCGGAGCUAUGUACUGGAAAAUGAGUUGACUUCGCUAAAGUGGCCACCACUGCACGAUCACGGCUCGCCCAUGACCCUUGAAAAGUGCAGGUGUAUUAUGUAUCACCUGCAACUGCUGGAGAUGGAAAGGCUCGAUAAAGCCAGGAAGUUUAAGCUCCCGGAACGAUUCAACGAGGGAGACCUGAUAGAAGUCAAAUAUGAACUGUCUAGGACGCAGCAAACUUUUGCCGUCUUCAGGGGCUACUGCGUUCAAGUGAGAAGGAGGGGGCUUAACUCAAGUAUUUGUCUCAGGAACUCAUACGAAGGCGUGGGUAUGAGUCAAAUAAUUCCUAUAUAUUCACCCAGGAUCCUACACAUAAAAGUUAUAAGGGCGGUCGACGGAAACGCCGGGCAAGGCAUGGAAAGAUCGUCUUUGAGGCGUCCACUAACGCGUGACUACAGAUACAAGUGGCAGUACAACGUAAGGGAUAAGUUCGGCCUACCCGAAGGGCCCAAUAAACCAGGAAUACGGUCGCUAGAGUCCAAAUUACACUACAAGGUCCAAGAAAUGCGCAAGAAAUACUAUUUGCAAAGAAAGAGGGCCGGCCUGCCUCCAUUCGCCUGGCCUGGACCAAUGAAAUUACUUAUGCGAGAGAGGAGAAGGGCCGUUAGGGCUGAAACUAGACGUAGGAUUUUAUUGUAUAGCAUGGACGAACAAAGGGCCAGAGCCGUAAAGUUGGCCCGCAGGAGGCGUGCUUGUCAGUGGGGAAGAUACUCGCUUCCCUACAGCAAGCAUGAUCUGGCACAGGACAUUGAUCAUACCCACCCCCUCGUAAAUGCCCCAAAGUGA